CUGUAAGUGAAAGUGAAACGCCACCACCCUUUUCCUCGUAAUUUCUGUAACAGACGUCGUGUUACAUUCUGUUCGUUGACAAAUUAGUCUUUCAACUGUUUUGGUUUAUUUUUCUAAACUCCAAAUAGUUUUAUUCACCAGUUACAAACAGCUUUACCUUGGAGUCAGACUUGUUUUGUUAGUGAAAUGAAGACCUUUCCGACCUCGGCGGCCUGGUGUUUUGGGAUUCUGUUCAUCAGUGUUUCAUUGAUAACGACAGUGUCGUCUGAGGUUCAGGUUGUUGGACCGGCUGACAAAGUCGUUGCCUUAGCUGGUGAUGACGUCAUUCUACCAUGUUCCCUGAAACCCAGUGUCAAUGCUGAGGGCAUGAUAGUGGAGUGGACAGAAUUGAACCAGAAGGCAGCAAACGUCCAUCUUUACCGUGACCGUCGAGACUCCUAUGAGGGGCAGCUUCCAUCCUACAAGGGAAGGACAUCAAUGUUUAAAGAAGAACUGAAGAAUGGCAACGUCUCCUUAAAGCUGACCAGAGUUACUCUCUCUGAUGCUGGAAGAUACAGGUGCUUCCUUCCAAAACUGAACAGCCAGGUGAAGGAAACCACCGUUCAACUCUUUGUUGGUGCUGUAUCUCAGCCAGUGAUCUCUGUUUUAUCGUGUAUCUGUAGGUGCUGUAUCUCAGCCAGUGAUCUGUUUAUCUUGUAUCUGUGUAGAUGCAAAUUAAUUACUUAAAA